AUAACGAAGUGUAGUCAGAAGUUCAUAACCGUGUCUGGACACAGAAUAGUUUACUUUUAGCACGACCUUCCCAGGGGUUACGUGUAGGAUAUCGGUGGGUAAUCCCUACAGAUGUGGUGCAACUUGAGGAUAUUGCAAGAGAAAUGAGUAACAAAAACAUGGGAAACAGGAUACUAGUUGCAGUUUUUCUUGUGUUUUGCGGCAUGUGGCAAGUGCAGGCAGCUGUGUUGAACUGCACGGCGGAAGGUCGCUUCCCCGACACCAGCGACCCCACCUGCCAGAACUUCACGCUCUGCGUUUACAACCGCCUCACCGGCCGCUAUCUCUCCUACUACAACCGCUGCCCGACCACCUCCCUGUUCAACCCCAAUACACAAAGAUGUACCACCAACUACGUGUGCAACAAUACUUCCACAAACCAACCCGUAUCUGCUUGCGUAGACGAGGGAUUCUUCGAAGAUGAAAACUCCACAGACUGUACGACUUUCAUCGCUUGCAUAGCGCUUAGCGGGAGCUUUAUUGAAACUAAAUACACUUGCCCGACAGGAUCGUACUUUGAUCCAAUUCUGGAAGAUUGCUCGUUCAGUUACCUGUGCCCUACCACAUGUACGGCUGCGGGAAGGUUCGCUAACACGGCCGACAAAACGUGUGCAAGUUUCUACAAUUGUGUUGCUGCAUCCGGUGGUGGCUUCGUCCUAGCGCAAUACACUUGCCCCUCGCCAUCUUUGUUUAAUCCUAAGACUAAGUUAUGUUCAACUAGGUACAAGUGUUCUUAAGUAACAA